AUGUUUUUCUUCCCUUUCCUUAAUCACUGUCCAUGCAUGCUUAUGUUCCUCUUGUUUACUUUGUUUUUCACUUCAACAGAAGCUUAUGAUCCACUUGAUCCAAACGGGAAUAUCACAAUAACAUGGGACGUUGUAAGCUUGACAUCUGACGGUUAUGUUGCGGUAGUUACAAUAAACAACUUUCAACAAUAUCGUCAUAUAACAGCACCCGGAUGGUUCGUAGGAUGGAGUUGGGUAGAGAAAGAGAUCAUAUGGGCUGUGGUGGGAGGGGAAGCAACUGAUCAAGGAGAUUGCUCAGAGUUUACGGAAACCUUCCCACAUUGUUGUAAGAAGGAUCCAACAAUUAUAGACUUGCACCCUGGAACGCCCUAUAAUAAACAAUUUGCAAAUUGCUGCAAAGGUGGUGUACUAAGAACAUGGGCACAAGAUCCGCCAAAUGCAGUUGCAGCGUUUCAAGUCAGUGUCGGUAGAGCUGGCAAUAACAAAACUGCCAUCAUAGCGCCGCAGAAUUUCACUUUGAAAACACCAGGACCAGGUUAUACAUGCAACCAACCAAAAAUUGCGGAACUUACUGAAUUCACAUCACCGAACGAAAGGAGAGUGACUGAAGCAAUUUUGACAUGGAAGGUGACAUGCACAUAUUCACAAUUUCUAGUUCAGAAACCUCCAAAUUGCUGCGUUUCCCUCUCAUCUUUCUAUAGCGAGAAUAUUGUACCCUGCCCGAACUGUUCAUGCGCCUGCCAAGACAACUCAUUUCAAUCAGGAAGUUGUAUAGAUUCAAGUAAUUCAUCGAAUUUGGCCUCGAUUGUUAACAGCCCUGGAGAGAAAGGUGUUGAGCCUUUAGUUGAAUGUACUAGGCAUAUGUGUCCGAUUAAAGUUCACUGGCACAUUAAGUAUAACUACUAUGAGUAUUGGCGCGUGAAGAUUACCGUUUUUAAUUUCAAUUACAGAAAGAAUUACUCAGACUGGAACGUGGUUGUUCAACAUCCAAAUUUUGAUAAAUUGACACAAAUUUUCAGUUACAACUACAAAUCAUUAGCUCCAUAUGGAUCAACAAAUGAUACUGUAAUGCUUUGGGGAGUUAAAUUUUUCAAUGAUGUACUCAUGCAAGCUGGUCCUAAUGGUAACGUACAGUCGGAGCUACUUUUUCGAAAGAAUAAAUCAAGUUUUAGUUUCCGUAGCGGCUGGGGUUUUCCGGAGAAGAUUUAUUUCAACGGUGAUGAAUGUAGUAUGCCACCACCCGACGCUUACCCACGGUUACCUAAUGGCUGUUCCACACAAGAGGUUUCUCUCCUUGCUUUGAUGAUGACCUCGUUCAUAUUGUUGCUACUUUGCACAUAUGCUUAG